AUGGUUGGCAAGUAUUUGUCGGCUUCUUAUGACAUUUCUGCUACGAGCAAUUCUGCUCGUAGUUGUAAUCAUCUUCAAGGCCAAUCUGAUCCCAAAAUUUAUUAUCAAACUUUAAGCAGCUCCUCUUCAGCUAAACAGACUCCACUUUCAUUUAAUCCUUCUGUAUCAUCUUCUAAACCAUAUUCAUCAUUCUCUUCCACAACAUAUUCUUCAAAACCACUUUCUUCGACGCCAAAAGCCUCUUCAUCUUCAGCACAAUCGUCAUCAUUCUCUAAACCUCCAUCAUCUUCUCACAAGCCGUCUCUGUUUUCAACUGGAGCUCCUCCAUCUUCAUCUAAUCCAUAUUCGUCAUUCUCUAAUUCCACAUCACAUUCUUCUGAACCACUUUCUUCUGUGAAGGUGAGUUCUUCCCCAAGUUGCAAUGAUCUGCUACGCCAACCUGAUCCAACCAUAUUUAACUACUACGAAGAUUACCCAAAUUUAUCAAUCAGUAACUCAACUGCGAAAGAGCCUAAUGCUGCAUCUCUUCAAUCAAAUCUGAGAAGGGCUCCCGAAGUCUCUCAAUCUUCAGCUAAACAUUCAUCAACUUCUUCUAAUUCAUUAUCUUCAGCUCCAAAAGCCCCCAAGUCUGUUUCACAAUCAUUACCAUUUCCUAAACCUGCAAUACCCUCUCCCUCUAUAGCAUCUUCAUCAUCCUCUUUUGGGAAGUCUAUACGUUCUGAUCAACCUCUAUUAUCACAAUCAUCUUCCCGGCAGGCUCCUCCACCCUCUAAGCCAACUCUCUCUGCACUCCCCAUUCAUCCAACAAAUCAGCAUACUCAAGCUAACUAUACAGUGAUUCAAAAGGCCACAUCACCAAUUUAUAUGAUUCCCAAGGACAUUGAAAAUUUGAUCAACAAAGAUAUUGUGCCUGACGUUCUGAAGAAGCCAUUGUCUCCAACAGCCUAUAAGGAUUACUUCGCUGCCCUGCUAUAUGCCGAGGAUUUCUACAUUGAGAAGUGGAGCGAGUUUAAGUUGUUCAGCGUAACAUUGAAGUUGCAUAAAGCAACAACAUAUAACAAGCCACCCAAAAAUGAGAACUUGAAAGGGAAUUGUAGCCUUUGA